AUGUCGGUUCACUACGUGACGUACAAAGGCAUUAAAUUCCCCCCUGCCUACAACUCUGAGCACAGCUUGAGUUUUGCCCACAACGAGUUCUUGGUGCGGGAUGAUGAUGUCUUCAACGUCACCUACCCCAAGUCUGGCACUGUGUGGAUGACUGAGAUCUUGAGCCUCAUUCGCAGCCGUGGCCACCCCAGCUGGAGCCAAACCGUCCUCAAUUCUGACCGUAUGCCUUGGUUCUCCACCCGUCUGGGCCUGGAGGCAGCCCUCAGCUACCCCUCACCUCGUCUGCUGACUUGCCACCUCCCCAGGCACAUCUUCCCCAAGUCCUUCUCCCAUUCCACUGCCAAGGUUAUUUACACCCUACGGGAUCCUCGAGAUGUCGUUGUCUCCUACUACUACUUCUCCAAGAUGUGCAGCAGCUAUGAGGACCCCAUGUCCUUUGAGCAGUUCCUGAGGGACUUUCUCAGUGGAGAGUUGCCCCAUGGCUCCUGGUUUGAACACGUCCAAGGCUGGAUGGAGAUGAAGGACCAGGAAAAUUUCUUCUUCAUCACCUAUGAAGAGCUGAAACAGGACCUGCAGGGCAGUGUGAGACGCAUCUGCCAGUUCUUGGGACAGGAUUUAGAUGACGAUGCUGUCUCCUCGGUAGUUCGAAAUGCCUCCUUCUCAGCCAUGAGGGAGAACCCCAUGUGCAGCUCCGUCCUGCUCCCUGUGGACAUCAUGGACCAGACUAAGGGCCAGUUCCUGAGGAAGGGCAUCUGCGGGGACUGGAAGAACCAUUUCACAGUGGCACAGAGUGAGACCUUCGACAGGAUCUAUCAGGACAGGAUGCAGGGCCUGAACAUGGCCUUUCCUUGGGACAGACAUUAGGAUCCAGACCUAGCUGAAGCCAGCUGAGCACUGGGUAUAAACCAGCUAUUGGUACCAGGGGUACCUGUGUGCUUUUGUGCCACUCCCUUGGACCCAGGGAUACAAAUGUCUCAAAACCUCAGUGUGCAAGCAGUUAAUUUGCACCCUUUCUGCUUGGGGAUUGAACCUCCUGAGUUGUACAUCUCUUGUCUGUUCCAUCCCUCAACCCUUUUUGGCCUUGGGAUAAGCUCUGGGCACCCUCCAGGGUAGGACACAUCUCCCUGCCCUCCAACACAUUACUCUCCUGCUGCUAGAGGAGGGUAGCACACCCGUGAGAGCACACAGGUGAAACAUGUCCUAUCCAUAGGGCACAAACCAGGUCAGCUUGUUCAGUAGCUGCAGCCAGCUGAGAUGUUUCCCUGGGACUUCUCACUGAACGCGCUGUGUUCACUUCCAGGGUCAGUUACUCAAACUCCUUUUCCAGCAGGAGAAGAGCCCAAAGAAAAC